UCGUUCUUGUUUUCUGGUCGGUGUUCUCGACAUUACUAGAUGCGAUGUCCAUCUCCUCCGAUCUCCCUAUCCAUUUGAACGGAGUACCCAUUUGUCUUCUAUACUUCCAGCUGCAGACCUUGUCGAGUUGCCUCUUCCUUUCGUCUAUCUCUUCUCCUCUGCUUCAGCGCCCCUUUCAUGAGUUCCUCCAAACCUAAUCCAGAACUGGAACAGUCUCUGCUGCCCCAAGAAGACGACUGCCUCAGUGGAGAUUACUUCUCCAUAGCUGGGUUCUGGAGCCGCCUCACCUUUCGGUGGUUGAAUCCAGUCUUCGCAAAGGGCCGAGCAGAGAGGCUCGAGCUCCGGCACAUUCCCGGCGUUCCUCGAUCCGAGACCGCCGAAACCUCCCUCUGCCUUCUGCAAGAAUCGCUUCGCCAACAAAAGCUUGAAUCAGCUUCGCUUCCUAGAGCCAUUAUUCGUGCUGUUUGGAGGUCAUUAGCCUUGAAUGCGGUGUUUGCAGAUGACGCAGGCCUCAACACCUUGUCUUCCUACCUCGGUCCUUUCCUGAUCACCAACUUCGUGGAAUUCGUCUCCGGGAAGGAUUCCGGUCAUGGACGCUACUACGGGUACGUACUGGCUUCUCUGUUCUUCGUCGCGAAGACGGUGGAGUCACUGACCCAACGUCAGUGGUACUUCGGUGCACGUCGAAUUGGCAUCCGAGUUCGAGCAGCUCUCAUGGCUGCCAUCUACGAGAAGUGUCUUGCGAUCCAGCACUCAGGCAGCAGCACAGGCAAGCUCAUCAACUUCCUCGACGUGGACGUGGAAAGAAUCGGCGACUUCUUUUGGUACGUGCACGGCAUUUGGCUGCUGCCGGUCCAAGUCUCCUUGGCUCUGCUCAUCCUUCACAGAAACCUCGGCGCACCAGCCUCCUUCGCGGCGCUCGCCGCCACAGCCCUGGUGAUGGUGAGCAACACACCGCUAGCGAACUCGCAAGAGCGGCUCCACUCCAAGAUCAUGGAAGCGAAGGACGCGAGGAUCAAAGCCACCGCAGAGACGCUGAAAUGCAUGAGGAUUCUGAAGCUUCAUUCCUGGGAAACAGCCUACUUGAACAAGCUGCUCCAACUCAGAGACGUGGAGAGGAGCUGGCUCAGGAGAUAUCUCUACACAUGCUCUGCCAUCGCCUUCCUGUUCUGGGCAUCCCCGAUCUUGGUUUCAGUCAUCUCCUUCGGCGUCUGCAUCCUCAUGGACACGCCACUGACUGCCGGCGCAGUUCUCUCCGCCCUGGCCACGUUCAGAAUCCUACAGGAGCCCAUCUACAACCUCCCGGAACUGGUCGCCAUGAUCACACAAACAAAGGUAUCGAUCGACAGAAUCCAUAGCUUGAUGAAAGAAGAGGAGCAGAAGCAGUUGAGUCCGAGCCGCAGCACACAGGCCUCGGACAUGGCUGUGGAAAUCACGCCUGGUGUGUACAGCUGGGAAGCUGACUCGAGCCUGAAGAAGCCGACGCUCAAGAUCGAGAACAAGAUUCGGAUCAUGAGAGGAGAAAAGGUGGCGGUGUGCGGGACUGUCGGAUCAGGCAAAUCCAGUUUCCUUUGCAGCAUCAUGGGGGAGGUUCCGAGAAGUAGCGGCGGGCGGAUGACUGUUCUUGGUGCAACAGCCUACGUUCCACAGAGCGCUUGGAUCCAAACUGGGACAGUCCAGGAGAAUGUAUUGUUUGGGAAGGCGAUGGAUAGGAGAUGGUAUCAGGAAGUGGUGGAGGCUUGUGCUUUGGACAGAGACAUCGGAAUGUGGGGUGACAAGGACCUGACUGUGGUAGGAGAGAGGGGUAUGAAUCUGAGCGGAGGGCAGAAGCAGAGGAUUCAGCUGGCCAGAGCCAUCUACAACAAUUCAGACAUCUAUCUCUUGGAUGAUCCUUUCAGUGCUGUUGAUGCACACACUGGCACACACCUCUUCAAGGAAUGUUUGAUGAACCUGUUGUCCUGUAAGACUGUCAUUUAUUGCACUCAUCAACUGGAAUUCUUACAUGCAGCAGAUCUUAUUCUGGUAAUGAGAGAUGGAAAGGUGGUUCAAUCUGGCAAGUACGAAGAACUGAUGGAGGACGCUAGUGGGGAGCUUGUGCAGCAAAUGGCUGCAUAUGAUCAGUCUCUAUGCCAAGUCAAUCCGUCAAAAGAGAAGGAUUUAUCGAUGAGCACACGACACAGGAUGAAGCAAAAGGAUCUUAGAGAACUAGAACACUAUGAUCAAAUCGGAAUCUCCGAACUGUCAGAGAGAUCAUGCGAAGAAGAAAGGGAAUCCGGACAGGUGAAAUGGCAUGUCUACCACACCUUUGUGACUUCAGCCUACAAAGGAGCUCUUGUUCCGGUGCUACUGCUCUGCCAAGUUCUCUUCCAGGGUCUCCAGAUGAGCAGCAACUACUGGAUUGCCUGGGCAACCGAGAAGGAGGAUCGAGUGAGCCGAGAAAAUUUGAUUGGAGUUUUCAUCCUACUAUCUGCCAGUAGCUCAGUGUUCGUAUUGGGAAGAGCGGUUUUGCUCACGACGAUCGCGAUCAAAACAGCUCAAAAGCUUUUUCUUGGAAUGGUGACAAGCAUUACGAGAGCACCAAUGUCGUUUUUCGACUCAACACCUUCCAGUAGAAUCCUCAACAGGUCAUCAACAGACCAAAGCAUUGUGGACACAGACAUUCCAUACAGAUUAGCAGGAUUGGCUUUUGCACUUGUUCAGCUCCUGUGUAUCGUUGUUCUCAUGUCUCAAGUGGCCUGGCCAGUGUUCAUCCUCUUCAUCGUCACAGUUGCAGUCUCCGUCUGGUAUCAGAAUUACUACGUCAGUUCUGCAAGAGAACUAGCAAGAAUGGUGGGAAUCCGAAAAGCUCCCAUCCUCCACCAUUUCUCGGAAUCACUUGCGGGAGCCAUCACCAUCCGCUGCUUCAACCAGCAGAGGCGCUUCUCCAAGAAGAACCUCUCCUUGAUCGAUGACUACUCCCGAAUCACCUUCCACAACUCUGCAACCAUGGAGUGGCUGUCGGUUCGAAUCAACUUCCUCUUCAACCUCAAGUUCUUUGCCAUGUUAACCAUCCUAGUCUCCAUGCCGAGGAAUGCCAUCGAUCCAAGCCUUGCGGGACUAGCCGCGACGUACGGAUUGAACCUAAGUGUGCUGCAGGCGUGGGUUAUAUGGAACCUCUGCAACGUAGAGAACAAGAUGAUCUCGGUGGAGAGGAUUCUGCGGUUCUCAGGCAUACCCAGCGAGGCACCUCUGGUGAUCGAGGAUUGCAGACCAGAACAAGGUUGGCCUACGUCUGGAACCAUCGAGCUCCACAAUCUCCAUGUCCGAUACGGCCCUGCUCUUCCCAUGAUCUUGAAGGGUGUCAGCUGCAGCUUCCCUGGAGGGAAGAGGGUUGGAGUUGUGGGCAGGACAGGAAGUGGCAAGUCCACACUCAUCCAAUCUCUGUUCAGAGUGGUAGAACCAUCACCGGGGAAGAUCGUGAUCGAUGGCGUAGAUAUUAGUCGGAUCGGACUGCAUGACUUGAGAUCCAAACUGAGCAUAAUACCACAAGAUCCAACACUUUUCCAAGGAACAGUGAGGACAAACUUGGAUCCCCUGCAGCAGCAUUCCGACCUGGAAAUCUGGGAGGCACUCUACAAAUGCCAGCUUGGAGAGGUGGUGAAACAAGACCAGAGGCUGCUCGAUGCACCAGUUGCAGAAGAUGGGGAGAACUGGAGUGUAGGGCAGAGGCAGCUGGUUUGCCUGGCGCGAGUGUUGCUGAAGAGGAGGAGGAUACUGGUGCUGGAUGAGGCCACAGCUUCGGUAGACACCGCAACAGAUAACUUUGCGCAGAAGACCAUAAGAGAGGAGACCGGUGACUGCACUGUCAUCACAGUGGCACACCGAAUACCCACCGUCAUCGACAGUGAUCUCGUCCUGGUGCUUGACGAAGGUACAAAGACAAGUCUCUUAGGUACUCAUUGGAUUCUGUGGGUAAUGCUUCUGGUGGAUGCAGGGAAGAUAGUGGAGUUCAGUUCCCCUCAGAAACUUAUGAGAGAUGAAUCAUCAGCUUUCUCAAGGUUGGUGAUGGAGUUCCUGGGGAGAUCUAACAGUGAUCACCAUGACUUCCUACUUGAAUGAGAGGGACUGUGGCUUGAUAAGUAGACCCAGUCAUCUAACCACAUGAGGGUUGACAAUACCACCAAAGUCAAUUGCUUUGAAGACCAGCAAAGUCAUGAGGUUAUUAUUGGACUUGGUGAUUUGAUCAAUCAUUGACUCAUCAACUCUUAUAUAUAUAUAUAU